CUCUCACACACACACACAACAUGAGAUGAGCAGGGGACAAGACAGGACAGAAACUUGGUACUAUGGUACUCAUUAUAGUGUUAUAGAAAUUAAAUGGCGCCACCUUCAUUGUUGUGGUUUUCAGUGGUUGAACUACACAUGCCAGCACUUUUUGUGCAAAUAUUUUCAGUUAUACUUUUGCACCUUUAGUUUAUUCUGUGAAGUAAUAAGUUCAGGAACAAUCUUCCUCCAAAUAUGUUAUAUGGAAUUGGUUACUAGUGCAAUAUAGAUUUACAGUAUUAGCACUAGUUUUGUAAGUUUUGUUUGUUUCAUCAAAUGUCUUUUGAUAAAUAAAUGCAGAAUUUAGAUGUAUACAUGAUCUGUCAUAUUAUUACUCUGUGGUUAAAAGGACUCGAAAUUCAAAGUUUAGGACUUUGGACUCGACUUGGGACUCGCCAGUCUUGACUUUGGACUCGACUUGGGACUUGCCAGUCUUGACUUGGGACUCGACUUGGGACUUGGAGACAACGACUUGAGACUGACUUAUGACUUGCCAAACAAUGACUUGGUCCCACCUCUGCUAAAUGCUAAUGAUGUGACGUUCCGUAUCGAGGCUUCGAAGCGUGUGCCGAGUAGGGGAGGGGGCGUUUCCGCGAUGCGGGGGCGUUUCCGCAUGUGUCGGGAAAUCCAGGAAGUGUUUAGUGAAGCGCGUAUCGAGGCUUGAAUUGUUUACGGCGAGUGACGUCAUCGAUUACGUUUGAACGCGCCUCACUGCGCGUAGCGGUUCGGGAAGUUGUUCGAAUUUUGCCGCGAUGUAUUGAUAGUUAUAAAGCCCAAGGAAUCUCCACACAAUUCGUGGGUAGUGUUGGAGUCGUCAGAGUUGGAGAUGUAGCGCUGGACUUGGGCUUGGUUUACCCCAUACAUGGACAGCCAAACCAGUGCACCACCAACAGACAGGCUCCAGAAGGAACUGGACGCUGCCCAACAGCUGCAUCCCUCUGCCAAAUCUCAUCUUCAGAUACUGUGACAUGCAGACAACUUGAGUUACAACAUGGCCGAGUAUCUCUGCACACAUCCCUCAUCCUUCCUCACCUCUUAUAUUCAUCUCACUGGAAGACCUGCAGGAAAUCCUGUUGAACUUCCUGUCAACACACUCACACACACAACGUGAAUGCAGAAGUCAGAGAAGAAGGCGCUGGUUUAUAGGAACAGAUGAGGUCUUCCGCUGAACAAAUGUAAAGAAUGGAUUUGAGUGAGGAGGAGUCAGCCCCUCUGGUGAUUAGAGAACGAGGAGGCAGCCAGAGGUCCAGUUCAAGCAAUGGUCCUAGUUUACAAGUGCACCUCUACUUCAUCCCUGACACAAAGGAUGCAACAACAAUACACAUUUCAUCUGGACACAUUUCUGCAGAAAAUGUCUGCAUCCAAACUGGAAAACUUUGUGGAAUCUUACCGGUGUACCAAAGCCUUUUUGGUUUAGCAUCUGCUGAUCUCUCAUUUUGGUAUCCUCCAUCACAUGUGUUCAACACGGAUGAUAACGUACAAGUCCACUUUAGAGUCAGGUUUUUCUUUGGAAACUGGUUCGGUCAAGGGCCAAGAACAUCGUACCGCUACAGUCUGACCAGAGACAGAAUCAGUCCAGUGCUUGACUACAGUGUCAUUGAUUAUCUCUUUGCUCAGCUGCGAAGUGAUUUUAUUGCUAGUGAGGCAGGAGUUUCUCCACCUUUGAGUGCCCAAGAGGAAUGCCUCGGCCUUGCAGUACUGGACUUAUGGAGAAUGACUAAAGAGCGCCAUCAGAGUGUAAGAGAGCUCUGCAAGACUGUGAGUAUGCAGUCAUUACACCAACUUGUACACUCUCAUGACAUCCAGAAACGAAAUCGCCUGGAUCGUUAUCGAAUUCGAAACACCCUGAAGCGCUUCCUAAAGAAGCUUGGAAACUGCUCUGUGGAUGAGUGCAGCUUGAAACUCAAGUACUUGAUCGAACUGGCCGGUAUUGAACCAUCUCUGGGAAGUGAAACCUUCCAAGUGGAUCCUUCUGCCUUCCAGUCAAAAUCAGCUUUCACUCUCAUGCGGGUUACUGGAGAAACUGGAAUUCAAACCAGUGGAAGUAGUCAGACUGAUGGUGCCCUGGAGUGGCAGACCUUCUGUGAUUUUCACGAAAUCGUUGACAUUAGUAUUAAGAGGGUGUGCCAGGAACAGGCUCCCCAAGACAGCAGGAUGGUGACAAUAACUCGUAAAGAUGACAGAUGCUUGGAAGCCAAUUUCCAGAGUUUAAAAGAAGCACUUUCAUUUGUGUCACUUGUUGAUGGCUACUUCAGACUGACCACAGACUCCACCCAUUACUUCUGCCAAGACAUUGCUCCUCCAAGUAUUCUGGAGGGUCUAAAAAAUCACUGUCACGGUCCAAUCACGUCAGAAUUUGCAGUCAACAAACUGAAAAAGUCAGGCUUUAAAGGUGGUACAUUCCUUCUCCGGCAGAGUCCCAAGAACUAUGACAACUUCUUCCUCACUGUUUGUGUUCAGACCCCACUUGGUCUUGAUUAUAAAGACUGUCUCAUCAAUAAGAAUGAGCACUACAGUCUUCCUGGUGUCCAGAAAUCAUUUUCCAGCUUGAGAGAGCUCACCGGUUACUACCAACACAACAAGCUGUUGCUAGCUGAAGUACCUGUCAAGCUGGCCCGCUGCUGUCCACCUCGGCCCAAGGAGCUCACAAAUCUCAUCAUCAUACGCAGCAGCAGCUCUGUAGAAGCCCAAGGGUCCCCAACACUUGAAAGGAACAAAUUCAGUCAUAUCCAGUUUCAUAUGAUCAAAUAUGAGGACCUGAAAUGGGAGGAAAGCCUCGGACAGGGAUCCUUCACUCGAAUUUUUAAAGGCUACAAAACAGACAUUCGUGAUGGGGAGAAACACAAGACAGAAGUCCUACUGAAAGAGCUUGAGGUUGUUCACAAGAACUGCUGGGAGUCAUUCUUUGAAGCUGCCAGCUUGAUGAGUCAGAUUUCACACAAACACCUCCUCCUUGUCUACGGCGUUAGUGUUCAUGAAGUAAAAAACAUCAUGGUGCAGGAGUUUGUCAAGUAUGGGGCCCUUGACCUUUACUUGAAGAGAGGGAGAUCUGUGUCAGUGAGCUGGAAACUUGACGUAGCCAAGCAGCUUGCAUCUGCCCUCUACUUUCUGGAAGAGAAGAACAUUGUUCAUGGAAAUGUCUGUGCCAAAAAUCUGUUGUUGGCCAGAGAAGGUGACCCAUCACAGGGCAGCUCUCCUUUCAUCAAGCUGAGUGACCCAGGCAUCAGCGUGGCCAUGCUGGGCAAGGAUGUGAUUCUGGACAGAAUUCCCUGGGUGGCCCCUGAGGUGCUGGAGGACCCAGACAACCUGACACUUCAGUGUGAUAAGUGGAGCUUUGGUGCCACCUUGUGGGAAAUCUUCAACAAUGGCAACACUCCACUGCAAGGCUGGGACCUAGGCCAGAAACGGCAGUUUUAUGAGACCUUCCAGCAGCUGCCUCCUUCCCAGUGGAUGGAGCUGGCCGAUCUGAUCAGUCAGUGUAUGGACUACCAGCCGGCCUUCAGACCUUCUUGUCGCAGUAUUAUCCGUCAACUCAACAGUUUGAUCACUUCAGACUAUGUGAUACUGCAUGCCACUGAGCCUGUCACACAGAGCCCUGUGUGGAGAGCCCUCAGCCCUGCUCAGGAUGACCAGACACUGUUUGAGGAGAGACACCUGCGGUACAUCUCCCUUCUGGGAAAAGGAAACUUUGGCAGUGUUGAACUUUGUCGUUAUGACCCGCUGGGUGAUAACACGGGAGAGCUAGUUGCUGUGAAGAAGCUGCAGCCCAACAAGCAGUCGACUCUGGACGACUUCCAGAAGGAGGUCAACACCCUCAGCAUUUUGCACUGUGACUACAUUGUCAAAUACAGAGGAGUGUGCUACAGCAUGGGUCGCCUCAGCAUGAGUUUGGUGAUGGAGUAUCUGCCCCAUGGCAGCCUUAUUGGCUACUUGGAGAAAUACCGACAUAGCGUCAACACCAGGCGGAUGCUGCUCUUUGCUUCUCAGAUCUGUAAGGGAAUGGAGUACCUGCAGACUUUGCGUUAUGUGCAUCGAGACCUGGCAGCGAGAAAUAUCCUUGUGGCCAGUGACUCACUGGUGAAAAUCGCUGAUUUUGGUCUGACCAAGAUCAUUCCUAUUGACAAAGAAUACUAUCGAGUCACACAGCCUGGAGAGAGCCCCAUCUUCUGGUAUGCUCCAGAGUCCAUCAGUGAAUCCAGAUUCUCACACAAGUCAGAUGUCUGGAGUUUUGGAAUUGUUCUUCAUGAGAUCUUCUCCUACUGUGACAUGAACUCCAACCCAAAAAGACUAUAUAUACAGGAGAUUGGACACAAUGUGCAGGGUCCAUCCAUUUCAGUGCAUCUGACAAAUAUUCUAAAAAGUAACUGGAGGUUGCUGCCUCCUCCACACUGCCCACCCAAGGUGUACAGUUUGAUGAAGCAGUGCUGGGCGUACAACUUCGAUGAGCGGCCGUGUUUCUCCAGCCUGGGAAACCAAAUUGAAGUGAUCAUGCAGGAUGAGAGAGAGAACCCUAAAGGCUGACAGGGAGCCUUGUUACACCUUGCAGCUGAACUCAGUCUGAAAUGAUUCAGUUUUAUUCACUUUACCAGUGGAAAUUCAGUAUCACAGUACACAACACUGAACAACAUUCAGUUAUGUAGGCAUUCACGUACUGACUUUUUAUUGACAGAUAAUACAAUAUGAGCAUUUGCAGGCCGCUCCUUAAACACUCAGGUGAAGCUCACUUUAUGUUGUUUUCCCAGAUAUAUAACAGGCACAUUCACAAAUGAGGUGAAGAAAGAUUGCCAUGAACUCCACUGUUGCAUAAACAUGAGAAGUCAUAUUGCUUAUGCAAGAGCAGGCUUGUUGAUAGCUGUUAAUUAAACAGUGUUUGUUAGCCAGUACACUUUUUAAAAUAGCAUUUAGUGUGUGACCACAAAAUACUAAUGGCAGAAAAAUAGAAGUUACUUGUAUGUCACCUCAGUUGUGACUACAGUACAUGCUUGGACCAUUAGAAGGUGUGACAUUUACAAAAUACACAGCAAGAGUGAUAAAAAUAAAGACUGUCCCUAACCACGCUGUAAGUCUUCCUGCUAAUAUUUUCUUAUCUAAAACUUUGUUUUUAAUAAGGGCUCCAAAGAAUUACAGAAACUGAAAAAGGAUCAAGCUUUGUUUAAGAAAUGUAUGGCAAAAAAUGAAAUUUGCAUCUUAUAUUUUGCCUUUCUGCAUUUAUACUGUUAAUAUUACAGUGAAGAUGUUUUUUGUUUUGUACUCUUAUUUACUUUUUCCAUGUUUGAAAUACCAAUUAAAACAAUAUGUUCUAAUGUGAAUGAGGAACUUCAAGUUUUCACUUUUCUAUUCAAGUAGUCCGACCUUUAUUUAAUAAAGAUAAUCACCUUUAUUGGCCAAGUAUGUUACACACAAGGAAUUUGUUUCCGGUACAGAAC